GUAUAAAAUAGGCUACAGAGCAUUUAGUGUCAACUAUCAAUUCGUUUAUCAACUUCUGCAGCAUACCCCCCCGUUAUUAUUCUCCACCAUGUGGCUACAGUCACGACGAACACCAGCCUAUCUGAAUGUCGGCUCCUGUCGUUAACUCUGUGAAGGCAGCAGCUCCGUUGGCUGACAGACUCGCCAUUCACCAGGCUCAGCCCGCCCAGCAGCAUUUAGAGCGGCAUGGCAACGGGGGGGAGAAGGUGUGGUGAGGGGUGACAGUCUAACCGGACCAGAGAGAGAGCAGAGCAGAGCAGCAGUAGCACUAUUUCCACUCCUCUCACUCACUGAAGAAACGCACCGGGUGGUAGGCUACCUCGGCCAGCCAGCGCUCACACACUGACAAAACGAUGCACCACCGCCGCCGCUGCGCACCGUCGCUGCCGCUCACCAGGUGUUGGACCAAAGAACAGCGACGUCUCUAACGUGACAAAGGAUCAAACUUGUAUGUAUGUGCUGUGCGCCCUUCUCCCUGGUCCCGUACACAGACGAUCGAGAAGAUGCUGAGCCGACUGAUGAGCAGCAGCAUCAGGAGUCUGGACAGGGAAUGCAACUGCACUGUGAGGCUGCUGGACGAUUCGGAGUACACCUGCACCAUACAGCGGGAUGCCAAGGGACAGUACCUGUUUGACCUCAUCUGCCACCAUCUCAACCUGCUGGAGAAAGACUACUUUGGCAUUAGAUAUGUUGACCCAGACAAGCAGAGGCAUUGGUUGGAGUUUACAAAGUCAAUUGCCAAACAAAUGAAAUCCCAGCCUCCAUUCACCAUGUGUCUGCGUGUCAAGUUUUACCCACCUGACCCUGCUGCCCUAAAAGAGGAAAUCACAAGAUAUCUCGUCUUCCUGCAGGUUAAGAGGGAUCUCUACCAUGGCCGCCUCCUGUGCAAGACAUCAGAUGCUGCUCUGUUGGCUGCCUACAUAUUACAAGCUGAAAUUGGUGACUACGACCCUGGGAAACACCCAGAGGGCUACAGCUCCAAGUUCCAGUUCUUCCCCAAGCACUCAGAGAAGUUGGAGCGGCGGAUUGCUGAGAUCCACAAAACUGAGCUGAUAGGUCAGAGCCCUGAAACGUCAGAGCUCAACUUCCUCCAGAAGGCUCAGAUGCUGGAGACAUAUGGAGUGGACCCUCAUCCAUGCAAGGAUGUGUCUGGCAACCCAGCUUUUCUGGCUUUUACUCCUUUUGGAUUCACUGUGCUGCAAGGAAACAGGAGGGUCCAUUUCCUCAAAUGGGAGGAGGUGACCAAACUCAAGUUUGAAGCAAAGACAUUCCAUAUAUAUGCAAAUCAGAAGGAGGAUAAGAAGAUCAUACUGACAUACUUUGCACCUACACCUGAGGCCUGUAAGCAUCUGUGGAAGUGUGGAGUCGAGAAUCAGGCCUUCUACAAGUUGGAGAAGUCGAGUCAAGUCCGCACUGUGUCCAGUAGUAAUCUCUUCUUCAAGGGUAGUCGCUUUAGAUACAGUGGAAAGGUUGCAAAAGAGGUAAUGGAACAAAGUGCCAAAAUUAAGAGAGACCCCCCUGAGAUACACAGGGCUGGCAUGGUGCCAAGUAGGAGCUGUCCAUCCAUCACCCACGGCCCUCGUUUGACCAGUGUGCCCAGGACCCGACGGAGAGCUGUGCACAUCUCCAUCAUGGAGGGUCUGGAGUCCCUUCGAGACAGCGCCCACUCCACGCCUGUGCGCUCCGUUUCCCAUGGCGACUCCUUCAUGUCUUCUCGGGGCCACAUGGUGGACGGCAGCGAGGCAAGCACAUCGGCAAUCAUCUCCGAUGAGGCCUACAGCCCCUCAGACAGCGUGCUACCUACACCCGUGGCCGAACACGGGAUGGAGAUGCCUUUGGCUCGUCACCUCAAUGGUGCUCCCUGCAGCAUUGAUGAGGAGAAGGAGUCAGAGGCAGGCGCAUCGAAGGAGGGGCAGGCGGCGGAUUUCACUUCCGGCAGAAGAGCACUGCGUAUGGUCAGGAGCAGGCCGUCACCACCGAGCGACGUAGAGGAGCUGAACAAGUUCAUCCUCAGCGUGUUACGCCUGUUCCUGGUUACCAUCGGACUGCUGUUCGCCCUGCUGCUGCUCCUCAUCAUGCUCACAGAGUCAGACCUGGACAUUGCCUUCCUGAGAGACAUCCGCAAGACACCUGAAUUCCAGCAGUUCCACUUUGAAUACUUCUGCCCUCUGCGGCGCUGGUUCGCCUGUAAGCUACGAUGGAUGGGAGGUUUCCUCAUCAGCAAGUGAGGCAAAGUGAAAGAUGCAGAGACUGAAUGACCCAACACAGGCUUCCACUGAUGGAGAUGGGACACAUACAACAGAGGGUGGGAGGAGAGAAAAGGAAAAGGACGGCAGCCCUAUUCUCAAUAUCAACUCAUCUUCUCCCAGGAAGGUGUUCCUGUCACAAGCCACGGACUGUCCCCUGAAGAGCCUUGUUUAUGUUUGACCAUCACUGCGAGAAAAGGAAAUCACAUUUUACUUUGGAAAUUCAGGUCAUUUCAAGGUAUUUUAUUUUUUACACAAAGUCACAGUAACAGGGUUUAAUUUAAACACUAAAAGGGACAAGCAAGUCUGACAGACUGCACCUCUUCAACCACAGACAAUAGUUGCCUUUAUUUUUGUAUUAAUUUAUAUGUUGCAACAUCAUUGUAAGGCAGAAUGACCUGAUGUGUUGAGGUGUGAGUUGUGUGACCUGAGAGUUUGAGUAAAGUUUUGAGAGAAGAUGAGAUGGGGACCCAUUCUAGCUCAUCUAAUUUUCAUAUUUCAAAGCCAACAACAACAUUCAUUAUGAUGAAAUAUUAUUAUGGUCGCUGCUAUGAGAUUGAAAACUGCUGUUUUGACUUGUACCAGUAUCUGGGGGGUUAGAGAAAGUGUGAAAUGGAAAACCAAGCAGCACUUACUGAAUGUAGAUCAGUCCUGAGUCAAAUAAUAUUUGCAAAUAAUAAAUUUGUUUUAUAAAAUGUUUAAGCAUAUGGAAUUUGCCAUGUAGAGUGAUACAAGUAAGUGUUAAAACAGUCACAGGAGAGAGUAGGAAAAUAAAUAUAGCACACUUUUCCCUGACUUUCCUGAAUUGCCCUGAUGUGUUAUACAACCCAACAUCUGGUAUACAGAAUUUAAACAAAUGCUAAGAAUUAGUUGCAAUAGCUAUUUGACCCAGGAGUGAUGUUGGUGCUGCCCAGUUAGCUUGAAUGAUUAUUUUUGUGUGUGGUCAGACGUCCAUUAACAGUGUGCUCACGUUACCAUUUCUGUCCAGCCACUAGAGCACCAAUAAAGUUUUUUCAUCCAAUGACUAUAAAUUAAGGAUAAAUUGUAAGGAUAUAAGUAAGUAAUGGAGGUGGUAGGUUUACUGAUUCUAUAACAUAGCAGCUAAAUAAUGCUAAUAGCUACAAUCAACUUCUGUGUGUAAGGAACAGUUGUCACUUUGCCGUAGUUACUUUUACAGUAGUUGUAAAGGUGAUGGGACUAUGUGAGCUAGCCCUGUAGUGAUAGUGAAGUGUUUGGUUAGCUCUUUGACUCCCACACUCUGUAGAAGGAGUUUAUCUUGAUGUGAAAUACUGUUAAUAUAAAAAAAACCCCAAGAUCCUUUCCAUUAAGGGAAAUUUGACCUUGAUUUUAUCUUUUGUAAAGUGCAAAAAUUAGUGCUAUUUUCCCACAGUAUACGGUUAAGAGAGCUUGUUUUUAGUUCAAGACCCAUGUUGAGUGAAGGUCAUAUAACUUUGUUUAGCCCUACUGUGUUCAAAUUUAUGCAUUUGUCUGUAAAGGCUGAAUAUAUUUAAAAUCAUGUUUCCAUUUUUGUACAAACUGAUGUCUCGUUAACACAUGGAGAUUUCCUCACAGUGACUUUUAAUGGACUUGAAGCAUUAUUUUUUACAGCGGAUACAUAGUUUUAAGCCCUGCUUACAAGAGAGCCUAAGAUAAGUCAUGUUUACGUCCUACUGCAAUCUUCAUCAUCACACCUACCAAAGAAACCUCUGUUGUCUGAUAUUCAGUCAGUUUGCGUCAACAGAUGGAAACUCUGAUAGUCUGCUGUCCUUCUCCAGCCUUACUACGUACGUUAUUUCACAGCUUAGCCUGCAGUGCGUCUUCACAGCCCAGAGCUGUUAACUAUUGGUCCUCUUAACAAGCCUAAGUAUUUGAUUAGGAAAUGUAUAUGCUGUGUGUCAGUGGUAAUUACAGGCUGAUCAGCAGGUAUACAACCAUAGACUGUAAUCAACAUUAUACCUAAAAAAAUGGAUGUAUUAUUUAUGCAAGAGAGAUGGUUUAGGAAAGUGAUUGGCUGAGGAGUUUAGGAAAUGUAGGUGCCUAUAGGCAUUUUGAAAAGUUUGAAAGUUAACACAAAAACAGUAGAAUCCCUGUAGUAUUAAAUACCUAGGCUUUAAAUGUUGAUUUUAUUUUUGUACAGUAUUGAUAUUUUCAAAUUCAGGAACCCUCAUAUUUUGUGGUUUGUUUUCAGACUUGAUAAAUUACUUAUGUAUUUGCUUUAAUUCAGAUGGUGCUUGGUGGUUUAUGAUUGAUGUGUUAGGUGAAAGGUGAGCAUGUAUGGGGAAAAAAGGCCAGUCAAUUAACUUUUAACUUAUAAUUUGUACUUUAAAGUCUCAUUUUAUGUUCAUGUGUAUGAAAAACUUUAUAACAUAAUUUGAGCAAUAAAUAUUACAGAUAAUGUAAUGAAUAUUAAUAACCAUAAACUGCAAACUAAUAUUUGUCUCUGUCUGCAAGACAUGCAAAAUGUCUUUUGAAUCGCGUCAGAAGGUAAAACAGUUCCUGAUUACCCCAGUGUCAAAGAUAAGUCUCCAAAAUAUCCAUUCUCAAAAAAAUAAAUAACCCCCUUUCAUGUAAAUCCUGUUUGGUUGUUGCCUAAUCCUAGACUGAUCUUCCUUGACUCAAUUUAUAGAAACAGUAGAUGCAAGUUUUCUUGUGAAAGUAUGUGUAAAUGAACUGAACACAUCAGACAGUUGAUCCAUUUUCACUUGACUCUGAACAGGUUUUUACCACAACGAAAGUGGAGCAGUUGGUAUUUUUGGCUAAUUUUAACAGCAUACGUAGCAUAUUCAACUACUUGAAUCUUUCUUUUUGCAAUAUUGUUGCAAUAUUUUUUUUUUGUAUUGCUAAAAAUCGGUUCAGGUCACUUGAACUGGCAUAGUGAUAAAAACAGUUGACAGUUCCAUUGACAGGCAACUCUUGUACUCAUAUUACUGCAUCAUGUAAACAGGAAUAAGGCCUCAGAUGUGGUCUUACUAUAAGCUUCCUUCCUGUACCAUGGCCCUGCACAUGGAAAUGUCUCUGUAAGCAUGUGUUCUGCAUUUAUUACCUCCAAACAAGACUGCUUAUUUCCAAUCACUGAAUGAGGACUGGUGUAAUCUAUUUAUGAAUAAAUAUAAUCUAUUCUUGACAUCUG